CAGAAGACCUAGGCCUAUGCAUUGAUAAACACAAUAAAAAAGAGCUGUUGAUAUAAGAUACCGACCUGCAUGAAGACGAUACUCAAUCUAAUCUGUUACAUAGAUCAGAUCUACUGCAUUAUUAUUAUUUAAUCUUGAUUAGUUAAAUCCCGCAAUCAUGGCAGAGCAGUCACGCAAUUCUUGGAUUAGCAAAGAUGACCCAAAGUUAGUUUCUGCCAAACAAAAAGACAUGUUUGAAGACAUCUUGGAGGAGAGGAGGUUAAACAGUGACCUGAGGUACUGCUGCAAGACCAGGGAUGAGCCGCAGUUCAAGCUGAACAAGCCCAGGACACCAGCGCAGCUGAAAGAGCAUGUCAUGGCCAGUGACAGGGUGCAGUACGCCAUUGAACAGGCUUGCCUGGAAACAAAAUUACCAAAAAGUGAGAUUACAGCAGAGGCGGCCAAAAUUCUGGAUGAAAUGGCCCACAACCAGCGCAUGGGGGCCAUCAGAAGUUUUGCGUACGCUCUGGUUAAAGUUUUCAAAUCACUUUAUCAAAGAAUAUAUGUUAACGUGGAUGGCAUUCAAAAGGUGAGAGGUAUGGUGAAGGAGUAUCCCAUUUUGUUGAUGCCAUCCCACAGAAGCUACAUGGACUUCCUGCUGAUGUCUUAUGUGUUUUAUCAUUACGAUCUACCCCUGCCUGUCAUAGCCGCAGCCAUGGAUUUUCUGGGCAUGCAGUUUGUUGGCUGGCUAUUGAGAAAUUCCGGGGCUUUUUACAUCCGACGCAGCUUUGGUGAUGAUCAUCUGUACUGGGCUGUGUUCACGGAGUAUGUUCAGACCCAGAUCUGCAAUGGGGAUUCCCCGAUUGAGUUUUAUGUUGAAGGGACCAGGAGCAGAACUUCCAAGUCUUACACCCCUAAAUUUGGUAUGCUGUCUGCUGCACUAGAGCCCUACUUCAAGUCCCAUGUGCCAGAUGUCAUGGUGGUGCCAGUCAGCAUCAGCUAUGACAGGAUUCUGGAGGAGAGUCUCUACGCUUACGAACUGUUGGGAGUCCCUAAGCCAAGGGAGUCUACCUCAGGUUUGUUAAAAGCUAGAAAAAUACUUGAAGAAGACUUUGGAAACAUUCAUAUUUAUUUUGGUGAGCCCAUCUCCAUCAGGAAAUAUUCCGAGGGUUUGGUGGAUCGCAGUCUUCACAACCUGGCACCCAGAUAUAUUGCCAGUUUGACAAACCAAGAGCAAGAUUUAAUCAAAAAGCUCGGCCACCACAUGGUGCUGACACAUCAGAAGCACAUGGUUGUGUCCCCUUGGUCCAUGAUGGCGGCCGUGCUCAUGCAGUCCCAGGGUGGGAUCUCCCUCCGUCAGCUGGCCAAGGAGGUGGAGUGGGUCAAACGCCAGGCCUCCAACAUGGGGGCUUACAUUGAUUGGCCAGCUUCUGAAUCUGCUGAGUCAGUAUUGAGGGCUAACAUAAAACUGCAUGAAAACAUAGUGCGGGUCACAGAAGACGAUGUGGUGGAGCUGGUGAGGGUUGCACCCCCCUCACAUGCCAAGGCUACUGAUACCCUCAUGAUCACAGCUGGCCAGCAUUUGAUGUUGUCGUUGUAUAGAAACCAUAUCCUUCAUGUGUUUGUGAGGCCAGCAAUGAUUGCCAUCUCUGUCAAUACAUGCAGUGAAGAAAAACUUUCUAUUGGUGAGCUUUACAACAAAUACAGUUUCCUAGAGCAGCUGUUGUGUAAAGAUUUUGUUUUUCUACCAGGUUCAACUAAAGUGGACUUUGAACUUUCACUUCGUACACUAACCCACACAAGUGGGGUGGUGAUGGAGGGGGAGGAGAUCAUCAUCAGCAAGUCAACCAACAAGUUGACAACCUUCUACAGUCAGAUGUUUGAGCCUUUUCUGCUGGGUUACUGGAUAAUGUGCCAGUAUCUGCUGUCCAAUCACCCCAACAUCGCUGGCAAACCUCUAGCCAAGACACAGAAAAUGCUGGUGAAGGAGGCCCAGAUGUUGACAGCACGUCUGCUGCAGGAAGGGGUUGUCAAACACUACGAGAUUCUCUCCCUGGACAUGAUGAACAACGGCCUCCAUGCUCUGUUCCACAUGGGUGGCAUCAGUAAGGAGAGAAGGGAUGGGGCGAUCUACAUGUACCCCAACACUCGCCAGCUGUCAAAUAUCACAGAACAGUUAGCCAAAUUUAUUGAUGUGCCACCAUUGCCUGCAGUUAGCAUUAAUCUUCAUUCAAAGACAGUCACAGUUAAUGCUAAGUUGUAAAUCAAAAAGAAAGAACCCAACAUUUGUUAAAGCCAGAGCUACAGUUUCUGUAUUCUUUGGAUGUAUUAUCUUCUGUGUCAGAGGACUGGACUUUAUUUUAUUUGAAGUAAAAACUAAAAUAUAAACAAUGAGCUGUUUAUCUAAACAAAGACUGCUCAAGGUUCAAUUGUUGAUAUUUUGCUUAAUCAGCCAUAUUUUAAAAAAAAUCAUUAGAUUUAUAAAGCCACAUUUCACAGAUCAUUAAAGAUGAAAAAUCAGUUUAAUUUUGAAAAAAGAUUUUUCUUUUUUCAGGGUAACCCUUGUUUUUAAACAGAAUUCAGUAUUAAAUUAUCCACAGUGUGAAUUGUGUUUAGGGAGUGUUCAUUAGUUAACAUGGACAGAGUAUACACAGUGUUAAUUUUGUGUAGGGAGUGUUCAUUGGUUAACAUGGACUUGAAUAUGGCCCUGUAAAAAAACUCUGUACAAACUUGUGAUUGGCUGUGAUAAUGCUGUAUGUGUUGAAUGAAUCUUUCACUGGAUGUUUUACAAAUGGUCAAGCUAAAAAAUGUUUUAUUUCAUGAGCAAUAUGUUUUGUAGA